AGCUGACACUUCCGCAAAUGUAUACAAAUAAACAAACUUUUGAAAGCUGACUUGCGGAAACUUUAGGUUUUGUUCAUCAAAUGUACACUUCCAAGAGUUUGGGGCUUGGCAAAGAUGGCUGGUGGAAGUGAUGUCUUACAAGAAGUACGCAUAACCCUAGAUGACCUAGGAUACCGCGAACCACUUCCACCCCAUGGGCUUCCACUUGUACACCAUCUUCUUGACGAUCUUGUAUCUGCGACAGCCGAGCUGAAGGAUGUCAGAGAGAAACUCAGUCAGUGCAAAAAGACAUGUGAGGAGGUGUCAGCCAGCGUGGCUCCAUACCGGGAGGAGAACGGGAGGCUCCUGACCCAGCUCAACGCCUUGCACAUGGAGAACAUUGCACUCAGGGAACAUAACGAGAAGCACAGCAAAGAGCUCCAGAAUGCCCUGCAGAAGCUAGAGAAGGAGAACCGUGAUCUGCGGUUCUUGGCCGGGGAGUACCAGAGGCAGAUCGAGGUCCUGGAGGCCGAGUCAAGGAGGAAGAGCGACAGGAUCCUUCAGCUGCAGGAGAAGAACCUCCAGGCUGUCAUCAGUACCCCAGGUGGUCGCAGAAAGCCUGUACCUUUUCAGCGUCAGCGCCUUGAAAUCACAUCUCAUCUUCCAGAGAACAACAUGUCUUCCUGUAACAAGUGUUCAAAGUGCGGGUGUGCUGCUGGUGCAGGUCGUCAGCAGAACAACAACGAUGCCUACCUUGCUGAUCUUUUGCGCAUGACAGACCAAAAGCUCCUUGACCUACAGCAGGAAGCAGAACGCAGUCAGCGACAGGCCAAGGAGUAUGAAAACCAAUGCUCCACUCUCAGGAAACAAGUUGCAUCCAGAGAAUCAGAGAUCGCAAGGCUCCAGGGUUUGUUGGAGGGAGGACGGACAGUAGCUGCUGUGCUUGAGGACAACCGCAUCCAUGCUGCUCAUGAGCAUCUCCACCAACUGCAGCUUCACAAUGAUCUCCUCACCAAGACGAACAUACAGCUGGAAAAUAAGCUUAAAAAUAUUCUUGGAGAUACGCAUGAAGCCAUGAAUAGAGCUGUAGAAUUGGCUGAUGAGAACACAGACCUCACCAAGGAACUCCAUGAUGUUGAGAAGACCAAUCGCCUCUUGGAGGAAGAUGUUCUCAACACGGCAGAAACACUCACACAAAAGCUUCAACGCACAAAGUCUAAACUUAUAAGCUGUGAAUCAGACCUUGCCGAGCAACACCGUCUGUUUCAUAUCAUGAGGGAUGAACGUGACAGGCUCUACAAGGAGCUGAUUCAUGUGCGUCAUGACCACUCACGGCUCACUCAUGAUCACACACGCUUAGUGACAGAACGGGUACCAAUGUUAGAUGAAAACAGGCGUAUGGAGGACCUCUUGCGAAAAGGACAGGAGGAGAAAAAGACACUGGUGGAUAAAAUAAAUCAUCUAACAGUGUCAUUACAAGAAGCUGAAACUGAAAAGCUUCGCCUGACAGACGAAGGAGAGACCCUUCGCAAGAAGAUUGCAGAGUUGACAGAGGAGAAGGACACUGCAGAGCAAGGGAAGUCCUUCUACACCAGUGAGACAGUGAAACUACAAGGCCAGAACAAGGAGAUGGAGCAAGAGAGGGACUAUUACAAGGAAGAAAUGCAGAAACUCCAGACGAAACAGAUGCAGCUGGAACAGGAGCUUGACUUCUUUAAGGACCAGUCUGGGGAGCUAUCGAGAACAAAGCAAGCUUUGGAACAAUCUCGAGAUUACAUGACAGAUGACAUGUCUAAACUACAAGCUCAGCUUAAGCAGCUGCAGCUAGAGAGGAAUUACUUCAGUGAACAGUUGAAUGUGAAUCAAGAUGAGAAGAGACAGGCUGAGAGGGAACGAGAGUACUAUAGUGAACAGGUUCUUCAGCUACUAGACAUCCUUAAGUCCAAGCCAACAUCAACACCCUCAUCACCAAUGCAGAUUGGAAGAAAAUCAAAGCCUGUGUCUCCAGAAAAUGAGCUUGCCAGAGUGUGUCAUGAAAGAGAUGUCUUGAAACAAGAGAGGGAUUUCUACAAGAUGCAGUACCAGUCACUAAGGAAUCAACAGCAAGCGCCAUUGUCUGGCAGAUCAGGCAGCUCUCCUGUAUCUGGGCCCUCUGGAAUUCCUAUAUCAGCAGGUUCUGUUCCAACAGGGGUACCAGGGGCAAUGCCAUUGGGUCCUUCAGGGAUUGCCCCUCCAUCGGCAGGUCUCAUAGGCAGUCCUGCCUCUGGAUCACCUCCACCUAGACCUCAGUCUGUACCAGGAGCAGCGGAUGUAGAGGCAGUUAGACGAGAACGAGAUUUUUACAAACAGCAGAUGGAAUACUUCCGCCAGCAGUAUAAUGCACAGAUGUCCCGCAUGCCCUCUGCAGCAGGUGUUCCAUCAGAUGGCCGGCCACCAAUGGCCAGAGGAUCUGCUGAGACUUCCCCUCCUGUGGAUGCUGAUUCAGCGGCUGUUAGGAGUGAGAUGGCAAUCUACCAGCAAGAAAGAGAUUUCUUCAAGCAGCAGUAUGAAAAUUUAAAGGCUAGUCUGGCUCAGCCAAUCCCUCAGGGAGAUGGUGCUAAGGAAAUAGAUGUCACUAAUGUUAUACGAGAGCGAGACAUCCUACAACAGGAACGAGAUUUCUUUAAAAACCACUACAAUGAAAUCUCUCGUAGGAUGGCUCAGGCGGCCAUUUCGACACCUUCUGUGCCUCAGUCCAUUAAACAAGAAAUAGAAUCAUUAAUGGCAGAGAAACGAGGGGUUGUAAUAGCCAAGGCAGACUUAGAGGCCAAGGUAAGAAAUCUUACUGAAAAGCUGAGGGAAGUUGAACAGGAAAAGAAUGAAAUUGACAACCACACAAGGGAACUUCAUGCAGCGAUUGAAAAACUCCAAGAUGCUGCCACCCAGAGGUAUCCCCCAUCCACGCAAGCCUUCAUCUCAGAGAUAAGAAAGGCUCGAGAUGCAGCUUUGACGGACCUUGAUAAGGUGAAGAAGGAACGGGAACUCCUCAGGGAAAAAUUGAGGAGCGCCACCACCAGCCAGAUGCGAGAGAAGGCCACGCUGGAGGAGGAGGCGUCCAACCUCCGGCACCAGACGGAGGAGGGAGGCAGGAUCGCUACGGAAUUGCAUCAGCGCCUGCAGUCCCAGGGCUCGCUCAUAGCAUCGCUGCAGGAUCAGGUGCAGGCCCUACAAGAUGCCCUCCAGCAGGCUAAUAAUGAACUGGGUCUGCAGGGCAAGCAGUCUGACGAUAUGAAAAAACUAUUGGAAAGGAAGGUAGGAGAGAUCGGCGACACAGAGCACCAGCUGGAGUUCCGCCUGAGCCAGCUCUCGGCAGCUGAGAACCGAGUGUCAGACCUGGAGACUGAGCUGGACAGAGUGACCAAGGAACUGGCGGUGGCGAGGGCAGACGGGGCAGCCCUGCGGGGGAAUGUCAGCCGUUUGGAUCACGACAAAGAUCUCCUGAAUACAGAGUUAGACACAAAGACCGAGCAAGUUCUACACCUGCGAGAGGAACUACGGAAGAAGGAGGCCACGAUAGCUCAGAUGGAGGGGAAUAUAACCAAGCUGGAGGGCAAGCUUGACGCGGCCAUGUCGGCUGUGGCGGCGGAGGAGCGCAAGUUCGAGAGCGAGGAGCGGCGGUGCGGGCGGCUGGAGCAGGACCUCGCCACGGUCACGCUGCAGAGGGACGGCGCCAACCAGGAGAUCAUUCGCUUGCAGAAGGAGAUCGCAGGCCUCACCCAGAGCUACAAGAGCCUACGCGAGGAGCUCGAGAAGUGCCAAAUAUCGAAGGAUAACUUUAAGAAAAAGGCGCAGGAAUAUUGCAGGACGUUGGAAGAGCUGACGCAUAUCCUGUCCUCAAAGGACUCGGAACAGUCCAGCCUCAAGAAGCAGUACCUCAACCUCAACGAAGCGGUCUCAUCCCUCAAGUCCCUGAACCAGUCCCUCGAGGAGAGCAUCAACUCGCGUGAGAAGGAGAUGACGAAGAUGGAGGCGAUGAUGGCCAAGUUCAAGGAAGAGAGGGAGGAGAUUAUUAGUCAGAUGAUGGAGGCAAGCCAGAAGUGCGACCAACUUGAAGAAGCCUGCAAGAAACUCGAAGAGGAAAAAUACAACAUCGAGAAGGACCUCAUCAACACACGAGACCUGGCACAGAAACUGGACAUGAAGAGAGGCCAGGCUGAUGGGGAGGUGGCCAGACUUUCCACUAGUCUUGAGAAGGUGAUGUCACAGAAGCGUUCCUUGGAGCAGAGACUAGAGGCCAUCAGCAGCCAGUUGAACAGUGAACGGACCACAGUGAGGUCGAUGGAAGAAGUCCUCAAUGACAAGCGCAGGUCUGAGUGGUCUCUUGAGGCUAAUAACAAGCAACUGGAGGUGGAAAAAGGCCAGCUGCAGAGAAGGAUAUCAGAACUACAAGCUCAACUGGAUGAUGAAAUGUCAGAGGGGAAGAGGUUUAGAAUGAGAACCACGCAGCUGGAAAGUGACCUGGAGAGACUUAGAAGGGACCUGACGGAUGAAAGGUUUGAGAGAGAAAAGGCUUCACAGGAACUGCGACGGGUACAGAGAUUCCAAAACAUUAACCGUGCAUUAGAUGCCCUUGGAACAACACCUUCCCCCCCUGGGACUAAAGAGGGAUCACGACCCCCAGUCAAGGUGUUGCCCCCUGACCCCCACCCUACUCCAGUCUCCUCAUCAUUACCCAGUAGAGCCGACUCCCCACCGGCGGCAGAAUCACAAGGGGCGGCCCACUUAGAGCGGCGCCGUAGUUUUAGUAAAGCACAUGCAUCUCACCUCCACAGUUCCUCCUCAGACACAGGACUUGAGAGGAGCCAGGCUGUCUCCAGCAGCUCUGACUCCCACAAGGAGCCCUGGAGACUGGCCUUCGGGAGCACCUCUUCCCAGCUGUCCCGCCGAGCAACUAGCCAGGAGUCCAUCCACCCGUCUCCCAUCACGUACAGACGGGCAACAGAGGAUAGCCCCCUCACUAGAGUAGGAUCCACAGGGAGGCUAGCGACCUCCUCAAUCUCCUCACAAGCAGGAGCAACCCUCACAACCUCACGUGACAGAGAUCUGGAUAGUAGAGAAAGCAUUCCGAGUGUGAGACCCAAAGACCCCAGCACAAGGUUGAGCAGGCAGGCUACCAGUGGUGGAGAGUCAGAUAGCUGGGGCUGAUAGGAAAAGUAAUUUGUGCUUCUUGGUAGUCUUUUUUUUUUUUUUUUUUUAUUCGUAUGUGUGUUUUUUUAAUCAUCACCUGCAUACCUUAUUUUGUAGUGUAAGUUGGAGCUUUUGCACAAGUAUGAUUAGUUGUAGGCAAAAUUUGUAAAAAUAAACCAAGUGGGAUUAUACUCCUAUAUUUGUAGCAGUUGUCAACACCAGUAGCUUUAUAUAAGAGCUGACUUCCAUUAUAACUUAAGUAUAUUACCUGACUUUAUUUUUUAUUUUUUUUUUUACAUUUCAGGUUUGAAACAGAACUGUGAUAAGAUAAAUUUUAUUUGUAAAUCUAAUUUCUGAUGUCAGAUUUAUUCACCCUCACAAGAAUCUCCCACUUUAAUUCUGCCUUGAAUUUUGUAAGGCCAUAAUUUUAUAGUGCAUUAUUAAAGAAAUUGAAAAGGAGAAAAUAAACAAAACAUAUGAAUAACAGGCAAAAAGAAAGUAACACAAAAGACAAGUUAAUGACUAACAUCUUUCAUAUAUAUUCAUGUUGUUUUUUCUCUGCUUUUCCAAAUCUCGUAUGCUCAGUUUCCAACGCUCUAGAUGCCUUGAAUUAUUUUGCAACACCAGUAAUCUCAAGUUUAACCCCCAUUAGACCUUUUGUCUUAGGAAUCUAAAUCUCCUUUCAGGACUUUUCUGUUAUUGUAUUUUUGAAUACACAUACACAUUCCCAGUCAUAAUUAUAAAAUAUUGAAGGGGCUAUCUCUAUCUAUGUGUUAUGGACAAUGGAGAGGAUUAAUAAAAAUUCUAGAUCAUCAGUAAUGCUCUCUAUCAUUAGCUUGCAAGGGUGUUUUUCUUCUUAUUUUACAGAAGAUUGGUAAAACAUAUAGGGAAAUGAGUCCUAUACUUAAUGUUUGUUCCCACUGUUGGAAAGGAAUCUCUUUUAGGCAUUCUCAUUAUUAGAGAUUAAAUCUUUUGCAUAUUUUCUGUUUUCUUUUUCAAGUUGUCAUUGAUGUUUUCAAUAACUAAAUAUAAUGGUAUGAAAACAGCAUGCAAAUAAAGGUUAGUAUGGCAUUAAUAA